GGUACAUUUGACAUUAACGCUACCGUUCCCCCAAGCCAUUGCUCGAUUUUGUUUGGUGUUGUCCAUCGACUAAAAAAUGACCACAGCCGGAAGACCAACAUGGGAUACUGCUAAAGGUAGUAGGGGAAAGUGGGAAGGUGAUUUAAGUGCUUUGUCCAAGCAGUACUCUGUUCGUGACUUACCGGCACAUACGAAAUUGAAAUUGCGUCAAGAAGGACAAGGAAGACCUGAAGAUAUUCAAGGAAAAGAUUUUAAACGUGCUUUGGAAGAAAAAGAGAAACGAUUAGCUCAAGAAAAGUCGGGCAGGCCUUCAAUAAAUGCCACUAGUCAACAACCAGCAAUUACCAGUGCCAAACGACCAAGUUCUGCUGCUGUCGCACCAACUAUUGAUAGUAGUACUAUAGGUAGUAUAAAACGUACACGACCCGAAACAACCACUACUGUGUCAACAACUAAUUUAGACGCUGAUGAUCCGUGGGACGAGGACUAUGAUGAAGAUCAAGACGAUGUAAUUAUCACUAAGAAAUCGAAUCAUAAUAAAAGUAAAAAUUCAACUGGAGAUAAAUUUGAUGAUGAUGAUGAUCAAAAUGGUGAUGAUGAUGAUGAAGAUGCUGACAAUGAUGACGUCGACGACGAUGAUGAAGAAGAUGAAGAAAUGCUCCUAGCUGAAUUGGCUAAAAUUAAACGUGAACGAGCUGAAGAAGCAGCCCGUUUGGCUGCUGAAAGGAAAGCAGCUGAAGAAACUAUUCGUAUGGAAAAUAUCUUGAAAGGAAAUCCUCUUUUAAAUUCAUCUAAUUCUUCAGGAUUCCAAGUCAGCACUUGCCUCGUGAUGCAGUUUGAUGGUUUACGUAACGUAUGUCCUAUCCACCUCCAUCGUCCUUUCCUAAUUUCCUCUUCAACUGGAAGUUGGUUUGUUCUCUUCUACGGUAGACUGUUGCUUAUGGUACCCGAUCGACGGACAUUGAAUAUCUUGUGUAGAUAACUGUUUAUAAAUACUUGUACUACUUCGAUUAUGGUGGUAGUAGUUCUCCAAGUUUUAGCUUUGCACACUAGAACUGUCUUGACGUUUGUAUUUAAGAUUUUCACUUUGAUAUUGGUUGACAGUUGUUUUGAGUUCCAUAUGUUCUUCAACUGUAGGAAUGUGGCCCUUACAUUGCAAAUCCUCGUUUUUACGUCUGCAUCGAAUCCUCCUUGUUCAUCGAUGAUGCUGCCCUAUUGAAGUUAGACAUACCACUAUUACUUAAGUUGCUUAAAUAAUUUCAAAUCUAUGGAAGAUAAAUUGUCACUAUUUGGGUAUCCAUUAUUCCUAAUAUCACCUGCCGUAAACUUAGCAGCUCAUAGUCUCAGGAAUGGUUAUUCGUAAAUAAAUUUUUAAACUUCAUUUACUUUAGUUGUGUGAAGAGUAGUUUUUACCAUUCACAGAAAACGUUAAAAAUCUACAUUUUUGUAAAUACUCAAAAAUCUUACGUACAGUCAUUUCUGACACAAAAUUUGUUUCCACGCACACUAUAUAGGUUACAGUAACUAAAUAACUGGUUCAUACAUCCAUAUUCAAUACCUUACAUUUUCAUAUUGUUUAUUACGAUGAAAUCGUUUGUAAUGAUCAUCAUAAAGAAAUCAAGGUUUCCUUUAGGACUAGUUACCCAAAACGUUAAGUUCGAUUUGUCUUGUUUUUUAAUGUCAGCUGGUAAAAAAUCAAAAUUUCUUUAAAAAUUGUCGUUUAUAUUUUACCGUUUAGUUUUAUAUUCAUUAUACUUCUAUUAUUACAUUGUUUCAUUGUGUGUAAAAUAUGUUCCUUUUUUGUACUGAAGAAUUUAAAGUCAAACGAAGAUGGGAUGAUGAUGUUGUAUUUAAAAAUUGUGCUCGAGGUGAAGUCGAUCAUGUAAAACGUGGAUUCGUAAAUGAUACACUACGAUCUGAAUUUCAUAAAAAAUUUAUGAAAAAAUAUAUUCAAUAAUGCACAUGUACAUUGUCUUCCCUCAAUAAUACUUUAUUUCCUGUAAAUAAAUAAUUGUUUUAAAUAAUUUUCUGUUAACUCAUUUGUAUCUGAAAGUGUGUCCAUAUGUAGUGUGUUAAAACUUGAUAAUAAAAAUUGCUUCCAAAAA